AUGAGUACGACGUCCGUGAAGCAUCGCGAAUUCAUUUCCGAGCCAAUGGGCGAAAAAGAGGUUACAGCGAUAGCUGGCAUAGGGCCUACUUAUGGUGAAAAGUUGACCCAAGCUGGCUUUGAUAAGGCGUACGUUGUUUUUGGGCAGUUCUUGUUGUUAAAGAAAGAAAAGGACCUUUUUGUAGAUUGGUUGAAGGAGGUCGCCGGUGUUUCGUCACAUCAUGCCACGUCUGCCUACAACUGUCUGAAGGAGUGGAGUGACCAGUUCAUAUAA